UUCUUCUUCAAGCUCGUAUGGAGCAAGUGACGCUACCGCUACCGCUGCCACUGGCAGUACCAGCAGCGUGCGAUGCCUCCCCGUUCGUCGCGAACAUGACACUGGGUCCUCUCGGCAUCGACUACGUGCACAUCCACUACUGCUCAUUUGCCGACCUCCCAGUGCUCUCUUUUUCGCUGUUAUUUCUCUGGCUUUGCGGUCUAUUCUACUUCCUGGGCAGCACAGCAGACGGAUAUUUCUCGCCGACACUAGCGAGUCUCAGCGACCGACUGCGAGUCCCUCACGAUGUCGCAGGUGUCACCUUCCUGGCCUUCGGUAAUGGCGCUCCCGACGUUUUCUCGGCUAUUGCAGCGUACAAUUCCGGGGUGGGGGAGACUGGGGUUAACGAGUUACUGGGUGGGGCUAUGUUCAUCUCUACAGUCGUGGUGGGCGGUGUGGCGGUUGCUAGCAAAGUGAACGUGCAGCGUUGGGCGUUUCUACGAGAUGUUGGGGCAUUGAUCGCUUCUCUGAUUCUUUUUGUACUACUCGCUCUAAGCAGCAGUGGUGGAGAUUUGGGUGAUACAGCGGUUGCUGCUUUGAUGUUACUCGUGAUGUACGGAAUUUAUGUGGGCAGUGUGGUGCUCCCAGCGUGUGUGGGGAAAUUUAGAGCAGUCGGAGAUGAAUUUCGAGACGCAAAGCUAGCAGGGAAGACGUCGCAAAUGAUUUCAGCCUUUUGGCAUGCUCUGUCACCGAGAGGGAAGGAUGCAAAGAGAGGGAAGAGACCGGAGCAACAGGAACACCACUAUGCCUUCAUAACGAGAGAGGAAACUGGGCUGAAUGCUGGGAGCACAGUAGAUGAAAACGGUGUUCGCAAAUCAAUGGAACCUAAGGAAAUCGAGAUGUCGUCAGCCAGUGAGCCGGCGGGUUUACGCUUUUCAAGUCGAGUGUUUGAUGAUCAUUUUGAUAUUGAAGAGGAGGAUUCACUGUCGUCUCCGCUGAUAGCCGACGAUGAGCGUGAUGCAGAUGAUGACGAGAGCGCUAUUCCGGAAUGGCAGCAGCAUUUACGCUGGAGAUGGCGACUUAAACGUCGUGUUAUCCGGGUAUUUAGAAGCGACAAGCCCCUUGUGAUUAAGGUUCUCUACCUCCCACAAGCGAUGCUUAUUUUCCUUCGAGAUAUCACCGUCCCUCUCUUCGACGAUGAGUCGUGGUCACGUCCCAAGGCAUGUCUAUCACCUCUAACUGUUCCUCUGUUAGUUGCACUGACGAGUGGAUAUGCUGAUGUUGAUAUCUCCAGUGGAAAGUAUCCACAUCGUGUUCCAUUGUGGCAAGCUCUCGUAGUUGUGGGUGGCUGUGCCUGUGGUGUCAUCUCGUUCUUCACUCACCGAUCACACGCUCCACGAUCACUUAAAUCGGCAGCUCUUUUACUCUCGUUGGCUUUCGUGGCUUGCGUUUGCUGGAUUUAUGCUGUAGCGAACGAGUUGAUGGCUCUACUGGUGGCUGUGGGCUACAUCACUCAUGCUAGUAAUAGCCUGUUGGGGCUGACUGUACUUGCGUGGGGAAACUCUGUGGGUGACUUUAUCACUGACGUGUCAGUGGCUCGAGCUGGGUUCCCACAGAUGGCUAUCGCUGGCUGCUUUGGUGGUCCAGUAUUCAACAUCCUGCUCGGUUUGGGGCUACCUAUGGCUUUCGCGUUCGUGUCUGGACGUAGUGAGGACCUUUCCCUUGACGUUCAUGCUUGGAUAUCGUUGGGCUUCCUUUCUGUUUCUCUUGUGGCGUCGUUGUUGGUUUUUCGACACUGCAAGUAUCAUUGUCCGGCUUGGUAUGGCAAGGUUCUCAUGGUUUAUUACUUCAUCUACUCUCUCGUUAAUGUUGCUGUUGCAUUACGAGUGGGACUAAUGUAAGAUAGCAUUGCAGUUCAUGUUAACUAAAAUCAAACGGCAUCUUUCAGCCAUCGGAAUACCGGGUCUGAGUUUACACUCAGUGCAUCACUGAGGGACUCAUCGAAGUCAUCCAUCGGUCGCCUAAC